AUGCCAAUUUUAGGAUCCAUAAGCACAUUUUCACAAUUUAAUGUAAAGAAAAGUAAAAAUGAUUCAAUUUCAUCAUUUUUAAAAUCUAAUGUUGGGUAUUCAAAUUCAAUGGUUAGUGAAAUAGAUGGUAGAUUCGAUAAUCUUCCUAUUAUUAUCCAAAAACCACCAAAUAAACCAAAUGCUUACAUUUAA